GCACAGGCAGGCAGAUCAACACUGACAGGACAACUGCUGGGAUCAUAAGCAAACACGAAAACAACAACUUCUAAUCUUCUGAACUUUACAGACUCUUUUUAACUCAGAAAAAGAUGGAAUCCGAGAUGACAUGCAACGUGAGCAAGAUGUGGAGCCCCACAAUGCCCGAGGGACUGGACUUUGAGAUUACCCAUCAUCCACUGACCAUGAAGCGCGUGGUCAACCUCAUCAUCGCCAUGGAGAGGUUUAAGGGCAGCCAAUCGGAAUCAUUUCUGAGCACUGAAUUCACAGAUGAACACCUGCUCAGCAUCAUGCUGGACAGCAUCGUGGAAGAGAGAAACGUGUUCGAGUGUGAGUCAACUCCACCAGAAGACAUCACCAGGCGGCGUGAGUACCGGUGCAGUGUGACCGACAGCGAGAAGAGGUCCUUUGUUCUGGUCCAAAACAGCAUGGAGCUGCACGCGGUGAUGCUGCAGGGAGGCGAUGAAACCAAAAAAGUUGAACUGAACAUGGCGACAUACUUUCAUGCUACACCAAGUGUUGAGGGCAGAACUGUUGCUCUGGGCAUCAAGGGCUUUGAUUACUACCUAUCUUGCCGCAAGGACGGUGCCGAGCCGACUUUGCAUCUGGAGUCGGUUGACAAAGCCAGUCUGGCGACGAUCAGCUCGGACAGCGACAUGGUGCGAUUUCUCUUCUACAAACAGAUCAGCGGUGUGAACGUCAGCACCCUCAUGUCCGUCGCUCACCCUGGCUGGUACAUCAGCACAGCAGCAGAUACGGACAACAUGCCCGUGGAAAUGUGCCAAGAGUCCGCCAACCGCUACCGAACCUUCAACAUCCGAGAGAUAGCAGAGACUGGAUCUACAUCUGGGGGUCAAGCUUAAUCCUUUUUUUUUUAAAAAAAGAAAAGAUUUUGGCACUGAGUAGAGUGUAAUAUAUACUGCACUUCAGCUAGUUUGAUUCCAAUUUCGUUGUAAGUACCAAUGUCUGUGACAAAGACUUCUGCAAGUAUUACAGAGCAUCCUAUUACUGUAUGUACCAAGUACAGAGAGUAACAUGCUUGGUGUAUUGACAUAAGUCAAGUUUCACCAAUAGGUGGCACCAUUGUGCUGUCUGGUGAGCACCUGUGUAUUUAUUGUGCUGAAUGACAUGACUCACUGUUAAUGCUUUUAUCUAUUAAUUUUAUUUAUCUAUUUAUGCACCAUUUUAGCAUAUAUAUUUAUUUGAAAAUCUGCUUACUAAUAAUUGUUUAUAUUUGAUGUGCAGUGAAAUAUUUAAUAACGCCUCAUAACUUAUUUGGAUUUGUGUUUUACAUGCUCACUCAAGAUAUGGUAAAUGACACAAUUCAUAGCUUACUGUGAUGAAGGACUUUGUAAUAGACCUUGGCUGUAGCCAAUCAGCUGAUGAAUUUGUUAUAAUGAAAUGAAAUAAAAAUAAUUAACAAACA